AUGCGACGUUCUAUCACGAGAUCAGAUUGUCAGGUGGCUCUCGGCCGUGUGGUCGGCUGGCCUCUGCUCGGCCGAGGAGGGCGACUGGCCUCUACUCGGCCGAGGAGGGCGACUGGCCUCUACUCGGCCGUGUGGGCGGCUGGCCUCUGCUCGGCCGAGGAGGGCGACUGGCCUCUACUCGGCCGUGUGGGCGGCUGGCCUCUGCUCGGCCGAGGAGGGCGACUGGCCUCUACUCGGCCGAGGAGGGCGAUUGGCCUCUACUCGGCCGAGGAGGGCGACUGGCCUCUACUCGGCCGAGGAGGGCGAUUGGCCUCUACUCGGCCGUGUGGGCGGCUGGCCUCUGCUCGGCCGAGGAGGGCGACUGGCCUCUACUCGGCCGAGGAGGGCGAUUGGCCUCUACUCGGCCGAGGAGGGCGAUUGGCCUCUACUCGGCCGAGGAGGGCGACUGGCCUCUACUCGGCCGAGGAGGAAGUAGUUUUGUGGAGCGGGAAACUCCACAUCUUGAAGCAACAGUUUAAGCAACAGUUAAAGCAACAGUUAAAGCAACAGUUAAAGCAACAGUUGAAGCAACAGUUUAAGCAACAGUUUAAGCAACAGUUAAAGCAACAGUUAAAGCAACAGUUAAAGCAACAGUUAAAGCAACAGUUAAAGCAACAGUUGAAGCAACAGUUUAAGCAACAGUUUAAGCAACAGUUGAAGCAACAGUUGAAGCAACAGUUGAAGCAACAGUUAAAGCAACAGUUUAAGCAACAGUUAAAGCAACAGUUAAAGCAACAGUUGAAGCAACAGUUUAAGCAACAGUUUAAGCAACAGUUUAAGCAACAGUUGAAGCAACAGUUGAAGCAACAGUUAAAGCAACAGUUGAAGCAACAGUUUAAGCAACAGUUUAAGCAACAGUUUAAGCAACAGUUUAAGCAACAGUUGAAGCAACAGUUGAAGCAACAGUUAAAGCAACAGUUGAAGCAACAGUUGAAGCAACAGUUUAAGCAACAGUUUAAGCAACAGUUGAAGCAACAGUUGAAGCAACAGUUGAAGCAACAGGUGACGCAACAGUUGAAGCAACAGUUUAAGCAACAGUUGAAGCAACAGGUGACGCAACAGUUGAAGCAACAGGUGAAGCAACAGGUGAAGCAACAGGUGAAGCAACAGGUGACGCAACAGUUGAAGCAACAGUUGAAGCAUAAAUCACUCAGUCUACUUUAG